AUGAAUGCCGCGAUACAACGAGAACAAGUAAAGAAAUUGCGAGACAGAGGGUUCCUGGUUUUGAAGAAGAUAUGUCUGAUUCAGCUGGGUCUGGCUACCAUCUCUGUGAUCGUCGGAAUCGUUGCUGUCUCCUUCGCUGCCGAGAACCCCCAGUUCCCGUACAUUAUCGCUAUACCCAUCUGGAGCGGGGCACUGGUUGCCAUUGGUGCCACGUUUGGAUUUCUGGCUUCCAACAUUGGUUUCAACAAAGAUGACGUUGCACCCAAGGUCAAGGCCUAUGUCAUUCUACAUUAUGUUUUCAACGUCAUGUGUAUUUCAUUCUGCGCUGCUAGCGUCGUGUUUGGUGUUCUCGGUGCGGUGUUCUGUCGGUCCUCUGACUUCAAACAGUCGACUCGCUGUACCCCCGACACUACAGCAUUACUCGCCACGUCCGGUGUGUCGGCCGGGGUGGGAUUCCUCUUGUCCUUAAGUUGCAUCAUGGGAACGUGCUAUUUCUGUGGCUAUGCAAGAUCUAUCGGGUUCAAGUCUCGACGGGAAAUGCGGAGACAGUUCGCUGACAUGCAGAGGCAGUUGGCGGAAGUACGUGCUCAGGUCGCUGCAGGUCAAGGUCAAAAUCAAGGUCAAGGCCAAGAAAACUAUUACGCAGGUCAAGGUUCAGUAAAUGAAGGUUUCUCCAAAUGGUAGACUAACAGGUGAAAGAGCAUCGAACAAUGAGUAAGAACCGUUUUGUAAUCAGGAUGUUGGAACGUAGUUUUCUUCCGAUCAUGAAAUCUGAAAACCCACAAGCACUUGCUAGCAAUUUAGAUACUCAUACCCUGAAGCACUGAUACUUACAGUCCUGUACAAAACACAUAUUAAUAUACACGGGUACCGUAAAAGUGA